UGGCUGCUUGUAUGAAGGUUCAGGGAGGGAGGGACGCUCGUAGAAAACCCUGACACGCUAGCUUCAUCAGAGUAGCUGCAAGGCAAUUAACGUACAGCAGCGACGCACCGAGAGAGGGUGGCCACCGAAACUAAUCAAAAGGGCCGUCCGGCACCUGAACCAUCAAUCGGGUUUAUGAGUUAAGGCGAUCAAUCAGCCUGCGGUUAACCUUCGGUGAUACGCGGAAGCGUAAUUCAACGUCAACGGGUCUUUUGACUUAUUAUCGGUGACAACAUGGCUGAAUGUAACGUUAGCAUCGACAAGAAUAAACUACCUGGAGUGAAAGAGGUGUGCCGAGACUUUGCUGUGCUGGAGGACCACUGCCUGGCCUACAACCUUCAGGAGCAAGAAAUCGAGAGCCACUUGGCGUCAAACGUCAACAAGAGCCGUCUGGUGCAGAAAGACUUGCAGGUGGCCAAGAAGCUGCAGGAGGAGGAGGAUCAGAGGGCCAAGGUCCAGACCCAGAAACACCAUGUUGAAAUUGAGCGUCAAGACAUUGAGAUCGCCCAGGAAAUUCAGGAUCAACUGGUCCGACAGGCAGAACAACAGCGACAACAGGAAGAGAAGGAUGCGGCCAUCGCUCGUAAGCUGCAGGAGAAGGAGAUGAAAGAGGAAAAGAGGAGACAGAAGCAGCUGGAAGCAAACUUUGAGGAGGAGUACUUUGAGGAUCACGGAGCUGCACGAAGACCCCUUGACUUGGACAAACCCGCUCAUCACAAGUCCCCGGGCAGACAUGAUGCCUAUGCUCCAGUGAGCUCACAUAGGGAUUACUCCCCAGAUUAUAGCUCAACAGAGCCCAAAAGGAGCAGGUACCCAAGGCAGGACCCAGCAGCACCCCACAGCCGCUCCAGAUACCCUGAGCACUACCUAGUGGCAGAAGGGGGGCGAAGCAGACAUGCAGAUCCGUAUCCAGAGCACCUGCUGCCCUCUAGAGCCAAGCAUGGGGACAGGUACCCACAUUAUGAGCCCACAGAGACUGGCAGAGCCAGGGGCCCAAGCUGGGAGGACACAGAGAGAGUGGUGAGGAGGAAGGAAAGACCAGGCAGACCACCUCCACCACAAAGCCAAGUAGAUAGAGACAAGGCUUGGGACAAAAAACGGGACAGGCAACACAACCGAGACAGGGGCAGAGACCCAGAAUGGGAGAGGCAUAUUGGCAAGGAGCAGAGGAGAGACAGGGAGCAGGACCUCAGGGGGGCAAGAGCAGCAGGAAGAGACAGAGAAAGAUCCAGAGAGAGAGGACUGAGUGGGGACAGACAACGAGAAAGAGACAGGCAGAGACAGACAGACAAAGACAGACAACGAGUGAGAACCAGGAGUAUGGAGAGAGGACUUGACGACGAGCCUGGGCACAGCAGGGACUGGCCGAGGGAGGGCAGGGCUUCUUGGGAGGAGGAAGGGGAUGAUGGUGAGAGGGAGAGAAGGGCUGGGGGCCGGCAGCGCGUCCACUCCGGCCCUGACGAGGUGUUUGACGAGCUGGAAGAGCAGGGUGAGGGUCCUGGCAGGGAGCGCAGUCAUUCUCACCCCAGCGAAGAUACAGGUCGUAUCGUGCACCGAGUGAGUGGGGCAGUGGUAGCAGAAACGGAGUACGGAGUGAGCGAGGCCACCAAGGGGCUGACAAAGCUUGAUAUCCGUGAGCAGGAGCUGAAGGACAUGGAGGUGGCCAGGAAACUGCAAGAGGAGGAAAUCAAGGCCAGCAAGAUGCAUGUGCGUGCAGCCCAAGUGGCACAGGAUGAGGAAAUCGCCCGACUGAUAAUGGAACAAGAGAAGAAGGAGUACAAGAGGAAUCGAGAGCGGGAGCAUGACAGAGAGCGGGAGAAAGACAAGGAACGGGAGAGGGACAGGGAGAGGUUGGCCAUGGAGAGGAUGGCAAUGGAAAGGAGGCGGGCAGAGGGAGACUACAGGCCAAACUCAGAGGAAGUAGUGCGGCCCCGAACACGAGACGAGUAUGAAUACCAGAGGCAGAGGAACCACAAGCCUGCUAGGCCUCCUCAGCCUCGUGCACCAAACUAUGAGAAUGUGAACUCUGGUGGCUAUGGCUACAUGGACCACGCUGUUCCGCCUCGCGCUCCCACUAGGCCUGAGGCUGCUUACAAAGGUGCCUAUUACAAGCGGUGACUCAGGCUCUCCACCAUGUCCAGACAUGCUGUCAAUCCUCCUUUGUCCCCCUUUUUUUUUCUUAUUUAUCUUUUUGUUUUUAACCAUUCGCACUCUGUUGACCAAAAGCCUUCGGACAAUCUAAUGAGUUGGCAAUGGGAUUGUUUUUUUAAUACCCUCCAAAGUUAGUAAAGGAAGUGGGUCUGUGAGUGCUGGAAGCACACUCAUCUUUUCCGUUUUUUUAAUUUGUUAAUUGUAAUGAAUAUUAUUAUUAUUAUUAUUUCUUUUAACUGACUCAACAUCAAACAAGCCAAUAUGGCAGCCUCCUGACAUUGACACCACCCCCCCACCCCACCCUUUAGCUGUUGGAAACCGAGGAACUGGCGCCUCACCUUCUGUCGUCAUCAUGUGCUGAUGUUCGUCCCAUCUGUGGACCAUUCCGUCACAAGGGCUCAAGGCCUCUGCUGGAUAUAACCAUGCAAUCUCAAAAUCCCUCAUGACUCUUUCAUGGGACGUGCCUGGCUGCUACAGUGUCUUAGAUACCAACAUGGCAGCUGCUUUGUACACCCAUGCUGCAGUUCUGUUCUCAUCACAUUGCGCAACGAGACUCAACAGGCCCUCUCCAUGUGCCACACAGCAUACGACCCCGGAGGGAUACGCUCCUGUUGCUGUGUUCAAACUACACACAAAACAUAAGCCUUUAUCAAGAUGCUGGUAGUUUUGGCUUUGACCUGUUGUACCACCUUGUUCCAGUGCAGAGGAGGUGGAGCUUUGUGAUGAUCCAUGGACAUUUAACUGGCUGUCGUAGGCUGUCGUCUUCUGCUUGUGAGGGGCACUUUUCAACCCCGUCACCCUUCAAACUGUGGAUGGAUGAUACUCUUGUGUAUGACUCACUGUUUCUAUGUGCAUGCUUACUGAAAGUGUACAACUGUGUACCUGCAUUUCAGCUCUAUAUCAAACUAUCUGGCUCCCUCUUUGUUGUCAGAAAGGGCUAAAGCCACAAGAAGCCAAUAAUCUCUCUCUUUGUGAAUGAACAAAAUUUGUCAGCUCAUAUACUGCUGUACAAUAUAUCACCUUUCUGCCACUCCACAUCGGCCUCGUCAUUUACAAACCAAAACUGGCCCGUAAAAGAACCAGUACCAAAAUGAAAUGCAUGUACAUUGCUUGUCUGUGUCAAACCUGAACUCAUGCUUGUGCUUACGGCACAGACGUCAUGCGAUUGAAUAUUUGCUCCUGUUUUAUUUAAAUGUAAAUAUCUUUUUUGUUUUCUUAAUUUUGCUACCAGUUCUGUUCCCCAUUGUGGAAAACACGCUUCUCUUUUCAUUCCUUUUCUUUAUCUCCCACUUGUUAUAUUUGUUCAGAAAGGGAACCUUUAUAUUUUAUUUUUUUUUUACAAUAUUUUGUUGGUCUUUCCUCAGAUUGUCUCCUCUAAAAGUUUCCCCGCUGUCACUUCCAGUCCUCUUCUUUGUGUCCAGCUCAAAGGCAGACGUCACUUCCUGCCUGCAGAAAAGACAAACAUUCCCACAAUAGAAGGCGUCUGGAUGGAGGGAGAUCAGUCACACGAUCAGUUCUAAUUUAUAUUACUACUACUCAAAGGGACCUAUUUUAGCAUUUUUACAACUCCGGGAUCCAUUAUUUUCUGUUCAUAUGGAAUAAUAAGGGUGAUGAGGAAA